AUGAAUGCCGAGGAAGAGAUAACAAGAAUUCAAAAGAAGCUUGUUAAAAUGGCAAAUGGUGACGGGACGGGCCAGGAACAAGCGUUAGAGUUGCUAAAAAUUCUCCAAAAACUUCCUGUUGACUUGGAGCUUCUUACCAAAACCAGAAUUGGAAUGAGUGUUAAUUCAUUACGAAAAUCCAGCCAAGAUGAUGAAGUAAUAUCAUUGUCAAAAACACUUAUUAAAAACUGGAAGAAAUUUUUAUCUGGUCCUAAUAAAGAUGGUAAAGACUCGAGUUCAUCGAGUAACUCAAAGAAAAAAGAAGAACGUUCAGACAAAAACAGAGAUGACAAUGAUUCGAAAAAAGACAAAGAUAAUUCAGACGGCAAUGAUAUAAAAAGCAAAGACGAUAGAUCAUCCAGCAAGGAUUCUCAUAAAAAACAAUCAUCAUUUCCUUCGACCACUACGACAGACGCUGUGCGGCUUAAAUGCCGUGAGCUUCUGGCUUCAGCUCUUCAUGUUGAUAAUCUGUCUAUAGAAGCUUGUGGAUCUCCUCAGGAACUCGCUGAGGAAUUGGAAGAAGCUAUUUUUCUUGAAUUCAAAAACACCGACAACAGAUACAAAAAUAGAGUACGUAGUCGUGUUGCUAAUUUACGCGAUGUAAAAAAUCCAACACUAAAAACUAAUUUCCUGGUUGGUGUAAUUCCACCAGCGCGUCUUGCCAGUAUGACUGCCGAAGAGAUGGCUAGUGAUGAAAUAAAAAAAUUGAGAGAUAAAUUCACAAAGGAAUCAAUUAAUGAUUCCCAACUUGCAACAGUACAAGGUACUCAAACAGAUCUACUCAAAUGUGGUAAAUGUAAACAACGUAAUUGUACUUACAACCAAAUUCAAACUCGAUCUGCUGAUGAGCCUAUGACCACAUUUGUUAUGUGUAAUAAUUGUGGUAAUCGAUGGAAAUUUUGUUAA